AUGUUCCGCAAACUUGCAGUCUGGACGGUCGUGCUAGUGGCCGUACUCUCUAACGAUGCGCUGGCCUUGCACCAGGACAACCCCUUCACGCCGGUCACCAGCGAAGGUCAAAUGGACGACUCGUAUGCUUCUAAAACCAAGACACCCAUGGACACCCCGUCAAUCGCUACCACCCCAGCUUCGCUGGCGACUACGGUCAUUCCUACGCCCGUCCAUGAGGAAAAUUUACCGACUACGCCGACCGGCGCAACGCCUUCGGUCCCGACCACGCCUAAAACCCCCACCCCGAUCAUCCCUGCGGGCACCGAGCCUCUUCCGGUGACGUCGUCAUCAACGACUCCUACUGUGGAGAAGGGCUUGCACGUGUCCAACUGCAAUCCGAACUUUCCCAGUGAGAAGCCGGAAGAAGCACCUAAGGCCACGCCCGCCGUUGCGCCGAUGACUGACGUGAAGCCUCCUACCGCUACGCCGGCAGUAGUGAAGCCUCCUACCCCUACGCCGGCAGUCGUGACACCUGCUACCCCGGUCCAGGCCCACACCACCUCAACGGACGUGGCUGACUCGAAGACGGUCAAAAACAGUGAGGAGACCAGUCAGCAAGCCAACACUCAGUCAGGCAACCAAAGUGGCGAAACUUCGACCGGCAUGGGCGCCUUCGCUGUUGUGGGUUUGAUCGCCGCUGUUGCUGCGGUUGGCGUCGCUGUGUCGCAAGUAAAGAAGUCUCGCGACGCCGACGCCGAUGCCGCUCUGGUUACACCUGGCGAAAACGAGAACAUUCAUAUUGAGGUUAAGAGCACGCCUGCCGGUGGCAGUACGAUCCUUUAA